GUUGCUGACCAAGAGGGAUAGUUUGAAUCAUCAAGUUUCGCCGGAGUAAGAGAUUGGAGAUUCCGUACGAAUAGCUUGAGGCCAGUGGGGAGGUGAUCCAUCGGAUCAGCUGUUGUGGGAGCCAUGGUGACUGCCGAAGAAGAUGUUGGGGCUGAAGAAGGAGCUGCUGCUGAGAGACAGGAAGGUGCUGCCGCCGAAGAUAGUGCUGCGGCUGAGAGGAAGGUACUGCCGAACAAAAAAGUGUUGCGGCUGAGAAACCCUAUGCGUGAAGAAUUUUUUUUUCUUCUGCUUGCGUUAACCCAUGAGACAGAGAGGUGGAUCGUGAAGCUCUGAUACCAUGUUGAAUUAAUAUGAAUUAAUGGAUUUUACUUAAGCAAUAGAGGUGAAUACAUGUGAGUAUAUAUAGCUAGAGAUCCUAACCAUACUAGGAUUAGGAUUCUUCUAAUAUGGUAACUAACUAUAAUACAAUUCUACUAUAACU